ACAACACAUACACAAACGGCAAACCCAAGUGAUCAGAGAGUUUUUUUUUUGUUGUAUCAUAAAUCCCAAAAACUACCAGCUCCUCCUUCCUUCCACAUAAUAAUUGUUUGUAUAUAUAUACAAGCAGAAAACAUAUUAUAAGUUUGAAUUGGAAGUUGGAGGUGGAAAUAAAUUAUAGUACCAAAAAAUGGGUAAAGAUGAGCAAGAAACAACACAAGUGAUUCAUUCAUGGUCUGCUCCAAGAUCUUUAAGCACUAGUCUUAUGUACUCUUUUGCUCAGAGGGAUGAUACAGAAGUUCUUGAUGAACCUCUAUAUGCACACUAUUUAAGGGUGACAGGGGCUGAUAGGCCGUAUAGAGAAGAACUUCUUUCAACAAUGGAGCCUGACGGAAAUAAGGUUGUGAGGAACAUCAUUUAUGGUCCGGGAGAAAAGAAGUAUCGUUAUUGUAAGCAUAUAGCAAAACAAAAUCUUCCUGGCUUAAGUGAUGAGUUGAUAAAGAAUGGAAAACACUUUAUAUUGAUUCGGAAUCCCCUUGAUAUAUUGCAAUCGUUUGACAAGGUUGUCCCAUCAUCCUUCCAUGAACUGGGCUUGGCAGACCUGGUUUCUGUAUACAGUGAACUUUGUGCAGCAGGGAAUCCCCCUCCUAUUAUCGAUGCAGCUCAACUUCAAGAAGACCCGGAGGCUGCCUUACGUGGACUUUGUGAAGAUCUUGAUAUCCCAUUUCAGGCUUCAAUGCUCAGAUGGGAAGCUGGUCCAAAAUCUGUUGAUGGCCUUUGGGCUCCAUGGUGGUACAAAAGUGUGCACAAAUCUACAGGAUUUUCGCAAUCUAUAAAAUAUCGUCCGCCAUUUCCGCAAUCGCUUUAUGACUUGCUGGAGCAAAGUUUACCCUUCUAUAACAUGCUAAGGAGUCAUGCAAGACAAAAAAGAUUUCCCAAGCUUCCAAAACCAUCUCUUCCAGUUCCUGCCAACGAAAAGCUUCUUGUGUGGGUUGGUGAUGAAAUUUUACCCCGUGACAGUGCAAUGGUAUCAGUAUUUGACUCGGUUGUCCAAGGUGGUGAUUCGGUAUGGGAAGGACUAAGAAUUUAUAAAGGGAAAGUGUUCAAGCUAGAAGAACAUUUAGACAGGUUGUUUGACUCGGCAAAAGCUCUAGCUUUUAAUAAUGUACCAACUCGUGAUGAGGUUAAGGAUGCCAUAUUCAAGACACUGAUUAGGAAUGGGAUGUUUGACAAUGCACAUAUACGUUUAAGUUUGACACGUGGCAAGAAGGUUACUUCAGGGAUGAGCCCAGGUUUCAAUCUUUAUGGAUGCACCUUAAUAGUCCUUGCAGAGUGGAAACCACCAGUCUAUGACAAUACAAAGGGUAUUACUUUGGUGACUGCAACCACUCGUCGUAACUCACCAAAUAAUUUGGAUUCCAAGAUUCACCACAACAACCUCCUCAACAAUAUACUCGCAAAGAUAGAAGGGAACAAUGCAAAUGCUGAUGAUGCAGUCAUGCUCGACAAGGAUGGUUACGUGUCUGAAACAAAUGCUACAAACAUUUUUUUGGUGAAGAAAGGUAUUGUUAUGACACCUCAUGCUGAUUACUGUCUUCCAGGCAUCACUCGAGCAACUGUCAUGGACCUUGUGAAGAAUGAGAACUUGGUUUUGGAGGAGCGGCGGAUCAGCCUAUCAGAGUUUCAUACUGCAGAUGAGGUGUGGACUACUGGGACCAUGGGAGAACUCAGCCCUGUUUUAAAGAUCGAUGGGCGUGUAGUAGGUGAUGGUACAGUCGGGCCAGUUACUAAAAGAUUGCAAAAUUCUUUCAAAAAGCUAACUGAAGGACUUGGAGUACCUAUACCUGAUUAUCAGCAUGCCUAAAUUUUGCAGGUAACUGGAUGGCAUUUGUGAAAGAGGUCGGAGUUGAACUGGAGAGGUCGUAAAGCUUAUGAUGUAGAGGGUAGUUUGAUGAGAAGAUCCUAAUAAGCCAAAAAUAACUCAUGUUCCUAUGCACACAAAAACUUAUAAUUUAUGAAUCUUGAAAGGUUUACCUUUUCAAGUUAUGGCUUGAAAUAAAAGAAGUUACAUAUAUAUGUGGUGUAAAAUCUGUGUAAAUAUAUCUUUAGAGGACCUUGUAGCAAUAGCAAGCAACACAUUUAAAGCAAAAGGAAACCAACAACCUUUGCUAUGCAAACUGGAACUUGGCGACGUUUGAUCAGUGUGACAUGAAACCUGGUAUAAUACCUCAUAUAAAUGCAUGUUUAGAAAAA